GCGCGCACACCUACUUCAUCCGAAACAUUCUGGCGCGCAUUUUAGACUACUGGCAUUUAAAAAGUCUUGAAAACCGAGUGCGUUUGCUUAGUGUAAGCCAGUCGGUGAUUGGCUUUCCGAGGGCUGGCAGCGUGACCGCUUCAAGAGUCGUGAAAAUGUUAUCAUCAUUCGAUACGGGUGGAUAAGUUAGAUGAUAUGCGAAGACGAAAAGGAGCCGAAUUAUUGUUUAGUGCAAAACCGAUAAUAACCAGCGCGUAGUACGCAAAUUGUGAAGAUGAUAGAUAUACGAUUGUCCCAUCGGCAGCGGAGAGGAUCAACGACGAUUUUCGGUGCCCGAUUGCCGGUGGAACGAAUUAGGAUUAGUGCAAUCAUUGUGAUCAUAGCCGUCGGACUGCUUGGGAGCGGCAGCGCAGUGUCUAAAGAUGGCUUAGUCGACCUGAUCGAACAGUUCGACUUACCUAGGCUUCCGUCUGGCGUCACGCCGGUGUCGGGCAUGUGUGGCAAUGAAACCCGCAACGACUACCAAACCUACCCGGCAGCUGCAUACAACCUGAACCAGGACACGGUGCUCAGCAUAGGAACGACUCAGGUGUUCCCGAAUGGCUUCCCAUCGGAUUUUUCCAUCUUGGUUGUUCUCAAGGCGACACCCAAUCUGGUACGGGUUCCACUGUUCACGGUGUAUUCGUCCGAUUCCGAGGAGGUUCUGAUGCUGAUGGUCGGCAUGGAAGUUGCCUUGUACUAUCAGGAUACGGACGGUAACCCGGAGGAGGAAAGCCUGAUCAGUUUUGGAGUUAGCAUCGAUGACGAACGGUGGCACCGGUUGGGAGUCAGCGUCAAGGGUGAUUCCGUUACGUUGAUCAAGGACUGCAACGAGCAGGUCACGCGGAGGCUAAGGCGAGAGGCUGGUUCAGUCAUAGCUACGGACGGGUUGAUUCUGACAGGAGUUCAGCUCAAUGAGGAUGAUGGAUUUUUUACUGGAGACCUUCAGUUAUUCAUGUUUGCUGAUACCCCAGAUGAGGCAUUCCACAUCUGUACUAAAUAUGCACCCGACUGUGUAGGGAUGAGCCAAGGAUCUGGAACUGUGGUUUCAAGCGUACAUAGUUAUUCAAGUCAAACUGUAUCAGGACAGAACAGAUCUUCAUCGUCGUCACACCACCAUAGUCAAGAUUUCAGCAACUCAAGAGAUCAGGUCAACAAAUUUGUCGUAUCAUCUUCGGGGUCAUCAGGCAACAGCUUCGAAGGACAAAGGGAAUUCGUAGAUAUUACUGGAGAUGCCGACGGAUUAGAUGUCAUCGGAGAAGAUGAUGAAUACUAUAACAACUUGGAGUUGGAAGGAGAAGAUAGACAAGUAGAGCAGCACCAAACUAGUACAAGUACACAGCGUAGCAAUACAGAAUGGCAUAGGGUGGAAAUCAACCGAACUAGACCAGGAACUGUCGAUCAGACGAGUAGGAGACCUAUUCUACCACUUCCAGAUCCGGAAUAUGAUUCGUCAGCUUCAAGUAAUAAUCGACCUGGGGGAGUUCCGCCGGCCGUAGAACAAGAUCAUGAUCCUGAUGACACUUCGGUUUCGUUUCCAGCGUCUCCCACCGGUAACUACAGUAUUACUGGUUACCGAACCAUAAUAGGUCCCAGAGGACCUCCAGGGGAACCAGGACCAAGAGGUGAGCCUGGACGAGACGGUCUACCGGGCCAAAGUGGACCUCCCGGUCAACCAGGUCACGUCUUCAUGAUUCCUCUAAGCCAAACUGCCAACGAGAAAGGUCCAGACUCCCAAGCGGAAGCAUUCCGUGCCAUGCUGUCUCAGCAUAUGAUGGCAAUGAGAGGUGCGGAUGGACCAAUGGGAUUAACGGGAGUUCCUGGUCCAGUUGGUCCUCCGGGCCCAGAGGGAACGAAAGGUGAACCGGGAGACCAUGGUGAACCUGGACCACGAGGCCUACGAGGAGCGCAUGGACCAUCUGGCCGUGAAGGUCGUCGGGGACGAGCCGGUAGGGAUGGGGAGCGAGGAGCUGUAGGCUUACAAGGCUCCAAAGGCGAACCAGGUCCACUUGGGCUCCCUGGUAUGGUUGGCGAGAAGGGUGAACGUGGUCGACAUGGAAACAUUGGCGAAAAGGGUACACAAGGACAUGAAGGAAUUCAAGGAGAAGAUGGACCUCCGGGAUUGCCUGGCCUUCCUGGAGAAUUAGGACCACGAGGUUUUGCUGGACCUCGUGGCUUCCCAGGUCCAUCAGGUAAUCCAGGGAUCCCAGGAACAGAAGGCCUUCCAGGCGUUAAAGGAAACCCUGGUCCACAAGGUCAGCCGGGAGCGCCAGGGCAAACUGGCCCGAUCGGUCCAGUAGGACCUCCAGGACCACAAGGCAAUAUGGGACCACCAGGCAUCGCAGGUCCUCAUGGUAAGCCUGGAAUUCCUGGACUUCCUGGAGCAGAUGGUGCACCAGGACGCGAGGGUAGCCCUGGCAUCGGUGGACCUAAAGGUGACAUUGGUCCACAAGGAGUACAAGGUUCUAUUGGCUUCCCUGGAAACCGAGGUCCAAAAGGUGACGAUGGAGAACGAGGCUCACCAGGCGACAAAGGGGAUAAAGGUGAACAAGGCCACGAUGGUGAAAAGGGUGACAUGGGUCCACCGGGUGAGAGAGGUUUAACUGGCCCCAUAGGCACUGCUGGAAUUGAAGGACCUGAAGGGCCGAAGGGAUUUGAAGGACCCCGUGGAGAAACUGGCCAGAUGGGAUUGACAGGCGAAAAGGGUAAACAAGGUGUUCAAGGGUUUGCCGGAUAUCCUGGACCGACAGGCGACAAGGGUGAUAAAGGAAUUGUGGGCAUUUCUGGACUAGCUGGCGAUAAGGGUGAGAGGGGAAACACUGGACUUCAAGGAGAGCGAGGUGAAGUGGGGCCUAGAGGUUUCCGGGGAGCCCGUGGUCGACGAGGAGCGGAUGGAAAUACGGGACCUAAAGGUGAUACCGGACAACCAGGAUCCUCAGGACCGCAGGGAGAAAUGGGCCCUCAAGGCAUGGAAGGACCACGUGGUUUCAUAGGUCUUCCUGGUCCACCAGGCAACAACGGCAAAGAUGGUCCUCAAGGUACCCCGGGAGAACGAGGUCCUCCGGGUGAAAGCGGCAAUCCAGGUCCCACUGGGAAUCCAGGUGUCAUUGGUCCACAAGGAUCUACCGGAGAACCUGGUCCAGUUGGCGAACCCGGUAUACCAGGAUUACCAGGAAUGCCAGGAGAACCCGGUGUCCCGGGUGAUAGUGGUAAAGAAGGCCAAGUUGGUCCACCUGGACCGCCAGGUAAAAAUGGACCCCCAGGCGGGCAGGGUCUGCCCGGAUUCCCCGGAGAGCGAGGAAUGAUGGGAAUGCCGGGUCUUCCGGGACUGAAAGGAGAACUCGGCGUGCCAGGUUUAGCGGGGCCAGUUGGUGACAAAGGACAGCCAGGUGAACCAGGAAAAGAAGGACCACCCGGGCCGGAAGGACGAAGGGGCCCACCAGGACCCACUGGUCCAUCGGGAUUGAAAGGCGAAAGAGGUGAAAUGGGACUGAUUGGACCUAUUGGGCGUGAUGGACUGCCUGGACAGCGAGGUUUAACUGGCCCUCCAGGACCACAAGGUUCACCCGGCGAGGAUGGAGAUAAAGGAGAUAUUGGACCUCCUGGAGAGAAAGGUUUCAAGGGAUCUCAGGGUGAAGCUGGUCCGGUUGGAUCACCGGGUGCUCAAGGAAGCCGUGGUGAACCAGGUGCAAUUGGACCUCCUGGCGAGAAAGGACCACCAGGAGAAAUGGGUCGUGCAGGCUCGAAGGGAGAAGACGGUCCAACGGGUCUUCCUGGUCCGCCAGGUCCAGCAGGCGCACAAGGAAUGCCUGGACCAUCCGGAAUCAAGGGCGACCGUGGCGAUGACGGACUUGUUGGACCUGUCGGGUCUAUUGGUCCUCCCGGAGAACCUGGUCGACGCGGCCCAAGAGGAGCUGAAGGUGCACCGGGAGCCACUGGUCCACCAGGACCCCAAGGUUUAAUUGGUGAACCGGGAUCGCAGGGACCUCCAGGUCCAGAUGGACCGGAAGGCAAGGAUGGCGAUAAAGGAGCUCCGGGACCAAAAGGCGAAGAAGGUAAAAGUGGACCCCCUGGGCCACCCGGCAAGAGAGGUCCUGCAGGGCCUGAAGGACCGAAAGGUGUGGUCGGAUCUCCUGGUUUUCCUGGUAAUCCUGGAGAGCCUGGCGUAGUGGGACCUAAGGGCGACACCGGAAAAGAUGGAGACGACGGAAAGCAAGGCGAACCGGGACAACCUGGAGAUCCAGGUCCGCAAGGCAUACCAGGUGAAGUGGGGCCACCAGGAAAAAUGGGACCAGAAGGCCCAGCAGGAUUACAAGGAUCAGUUGGUCCAUCAGGGGAGAAAGGAGAUCGGGGAUUGCCAGGUCCGAUCGGUAACCCUGGCUUGGUUGGUCCUCAGGGCAUGCCAGGAGCCCAAGGUCUACCAGGGCUGCGUGGGUCACCAGGUGCUUCCGGAGAAAUUGGACCUGUUGGAAAGCCUGGAGAAUCGGGACCACCUGGAAAAAUUGGCGAAACUGGUUCAAAGGGUCAAAAGGGUGACCGAGGCCGUCGAGGUUUGAAAGGACACAGAGGUGAACUUGGUAUGGUUGGUUUGAAAGGCGAUACUGGAGAGAAAGGUGAUAAAGGAGUCAGAGGAAAUGCAGGUCCAGAUGGUCCGAAAGGUCCCGCCGGACCAGUUGGUCCAAUCGGGUUGAAGGGCAACGACGGUCCACAAGGUCCUCCAGGUAAUGAGGGACCAUUAGGUCCGAAAGGGUCAGAUGGCGUUGCUGGUCUAAAAGGAGAAGCGGGGCCACCAGGACCUCCCGGUCCACCGGGUCCUCCAGCUGAUGCCCCUCUGAUUCCACCAGAACUGUUGUUCAGGAUGAGUGAAUUCAGUAUGACAAAAGGUGAAGACCGAAUGAAACGAGAAGCUGAGGACAUUCCAGAAGAAGAGGACGACUUCGACGAAGAGCUACUGAAGAUUGAGCCUAAGAAAAAGAAAAAGAAGAAAAAGACCAAAGAUGAUCUAGGUCCAAAGUUUUUGGAUAUGUACAGUUCUAUCUAUUCUAUGCGACAGGAGUUGGAUCGAAUUAGGAAACCUGUAGGUACCAGAGAGAACCCCGGCAGAACUUGCCGAGAUUUACAUUACGGGCACCCACAGUUCAAGGAUGGUUGGUACUGGAUCGAUCCAAAUCUGGGCAUGGCGGAUGAUGCCGUCUACGUCUAUUGCAACAUGACUGCAGAAGGAGAAACGUGCGUUUUCCCAGAUUUGCACAGUUCCCAGAUGCCGAACAUUCCGUGGAGGAAGGAAAACGACAAGACCGAUUGGUAUUCAAAUCUCAGAGGCGGCUUUAGGAUUUCCUACGAAACAGUUGGAGUUGUUCAGAUGACCUUCUUGCGGUUACUCUCAGAAGGCGCAUACCAGAACUUUACGUACACUUGCAUGAACAGUGUCGCCUGGUACAGCAAUCAAGAGCAGAACCAUGACGAUGCGAUUCGCUUCAUGGGCGACAACGAGAUCGACAUCGGUUACGAGAACUCCAAAUUGCGACCGAAUGUUUUGGUGGAUGGCUGCAAAACUGGCAAGAGCAAAAGCGAAACGGUUUUUGAAAUUCGGACGACCAAACUGCAGUAUCUUCCCAUCAUUGAUUUCUAUCCGGUGGACUACGGUCAACCGCAACAGGCGUUCGGCUUCCAAGUUGGACCCGUCUGCUUUAAAUAGUAUUGAAGCGAUAGUUAUCUAGACAAUUUGCUUAAACGUUAUAAAAGGACAUGAUUAUUUGGACAUGCAUCGGAUGACGCUAGAUAUUUUUGCAAAUGCAAAAAGUAUUCCUAAAAUAUGUAAGAUAUGUAUUAUUUGUAAGAAAGUAAGCUAAGAUUAGAAAUGCACACACAAAAGCUAGAAUAAUUCAAAGGGGAAUUAGGCUAAGCUUAGGUAAGAACGUAACUACAAAGGACUGAAUAACAUCAUAAGUCAGGAGGGGAAUCUACCAUCGAACAUCCGCGACUUAGUUGUAAAAGUGUAGAUUGGAUUUAGGUUUUAAGAUACGCACACACUCAUUCCGCAUUCACUACCGAAAAGAACAAAGAUUCGAAAUCACUGCCAAUGAUCUGAUUUGUAAAUUGUUCAAUAAAUAUACUGUCGAUUCAA